GUGCUGUGCAUGUGCAGUUAUGCAGGCUGUAUAGUGCGUAACGUGCGUAAGCUGCCUGGUCAAAGCCAAAGCCACAAAGCUCCGAUUCCCAUUCAUCCAUUGUGUGCAAUUGUGCUAAGUGCGUGGAAAGCGGUGGCGGUGAGGUUAGGUUUAAGAAAGAUUACGCGUUUUUUUACGCGGUAAAGAGAUUUACCGCGAUUUCUAGCGUAUGCUUAUCAAAGUAAGAUGGCGAACACGGGACGUUCCGCUUUCUCUCAGGAUGGUCAAUAUUACGCAUUUUGCGGUAAUGACGGCAAGUUGAAGAUCUGGGAAACCGCGAGCGGCCGGUUAAAGCACGAGUACACUCCUAAUCGGCAUUUAUCGUCACCCUGCAGCGUCAUAGGAUGGAUCUCGGCGAGCUCGCAAUCGCCGGGCAACGUAUCGCCAUCGCCAAGGAAAAGACGCAAAAGAAAGUCUAUUUCGGAAGAUGUCGAUCACAAAACUAUUGUGGCGAUGGGUUCGACCAAUGGAAAAGUCACAUUGUACGAUGUAGCAGCAGCAUCUGUCAGCGCUACGUUGGAGAACGGUCAUUCCUCUGCUAUCACAGCGAUCGCUUGGUCGGCAUGUACAGGAUUGAUUACAGCUGCUAACGAUUAUCACAUAGUGGAAUGGAAUCUUCAGGAGAAUGGAAUCAAAUGUAAAUGGAAAUCAGGCCAGGCAAAAGUCACGGCAUUAGCAAUUCUAUCUAAUGGAAAGUCUUUGCUGUCUGCGGAAAGAAUAAUCAAAUGGUGGAAUUUAGCGACCAAGCACGUGAUUCGCACGUUUACUGGACAUGCCAAUCAUGUUAAUUUUCUUCAUCCUAUACAAGUAGAUAGCACAACUACUUACUUAAUCAGCAGUGCCUGUGCGGAUAGUCAUCUUUCUGUAUGGGCAUUGGAUAAAAAUAAAAAUGAUAAAGCGUCGAUAGCAACUCUAGCCUUGCAGGAUGAGGCUACAUCUAUCUCUAUACUUGUUGCGAAAGAAUUGCAAAUUGUUGUAUUGGUUACUACUCAAUCGGGUCAAGCGCAGUUAUUCGAGUAUCAGCCAAAUGGUCAUACCAAACCAUUGAAACCAUCUCUUAACAUUGCGGUAGCAGCAGAUGUCAAUCAGAAGGAGACUAUUCAACAGAUUCCAAUUUUAGCAGGUUAUUUAACUGAGGAUGAAAAACUAUUACUGGCAUAUGGUAGUUAUUUAAAUUUGACAUUCGAAAAAGUUAUACCUGACUUUUCCGACAAAGUACAAUGUUUAAUUAGAUCGGAAAAAUUGGAUACAAAAAAAGUGAAAGAAAAAAAAGAAGAAACAAUUUCUAAAAUAAAACCUACCGCAAUAGAAGGAGAUGUUGAAUAUCUCGCUCCAGUUACAUUGUUUGCAGGAGUAGGAGUUCCGACACAGAAGAGAAAUAGGACUACCUCGGGUUCUCAGCUACUUUUAAAAGAUAGACUGGAAAAUCUCAGUUUAAAUGCAGACGUGAAUACGCCGGGAAGAACACCGACGAAAGGAGCUAAUAUGACGCAGUUACUGAUGCAAGCCUUAAAUAGCAAAGAUAAAACUAUUUUGACGACGGUGUUAUUUACAAAAAAUGAAAGUGUAAUUCGUAGUACCAUCACAAGAUUACCAGUGGAAGCAAUUACGCCAUUGCUUAAAGAAUUAACCAUUAUGUUGCAAGGCAAAACAUAUGCGAGUAAAAUUGCAGUAAUGUGGUUGCAAACUUUGAUAAUGACUCAUGCAGCACAUUUGAUGUCACGACCAGAUAUCGCAGAGAUACUCAGCCCUAUUCUAAGUUUUAUCGACGCGAAAUUAACGCUUCUAACGGCUGUACAAAGAUUAAAAGGCAGAGUUUCUCUUAUAACAGGACAAAUAUCUCAGGCUAAUGAGGAACACAAAGAUAUAACCGAGGACAGCUUGCUUGUUUAUCAAGAUCCAGAUUCAUCGGAUGAAGGUGCCGAUAAAGACGAUGUUGAUCUAAGUAGCGAAUCUGAUGACAAUUGGGAAGAGAUGUCGGAUCAAGAUGUUCAAGAUGAAGAGGAUAACAGAAGCGUCAAAUUUGAAGAUGAUGACGUUGACGAUAAUGAUUCUAUACACAGCUAAAAAAAAAUCGAGUUGUAAAAAUGUCGUUUAAUUACCACAAUGGAGCCAUUCUUGAUGAAAGACGGAUGUAACAAAGAUGGUACUGCAAAAAAUAAUACCUUUAUCUUCUCAAGACGUUUAUUUUCACCAUUACGUGAAGAUUUGAAAGAGAUGGAUUUGGAAGGCCAAAUAUAGCAUAUUUGAAUAAAGCUGUCCUGAAAGCUAAUACGUUUUUCUCGCUUAUAACAAUCAUCCUUGUAUAUCCAAUAUUUUUCAAGAAAAAUAUACAAAUUUAUAAUUAUA